AUGUCCGCCCUCCUCUCCGCCCUGAAGACGAAGCUCGGCGAGUAUAUGCUCUCCCUUCCGGAUGGCGCCGCUGAAUACGAGGACUACGAGGCCUGGGCGCAAGAUCGCUCAGCGCGUGGGCAAGACCUUCCCGAACUCGCCGACUGGAUCGCCGAGGCCAAGCGUGGCCUCGACCACAUGGCCACCGAUGACUGGCUGGCCUGGGAAACGCGUAUCCUACCCCAACGGGCGGCGCGUUUUGCAACGCAGCAACAGCGACAAGUGGCUGAAGCACAGGCCCUGGAGGAGGAAUCAGCACGGGUCGCUAUUGCCGAACGCGAGGCUGAGGAGGCUGAGGCGGCGCGGGCUGCUGCUGCCCUGCAUGUCGCUGAAGAUGAUCGUCAGCGGCGCCGGGAGGCCUUGGUGGAGGCCAUGUUCGAUGGAUUGAUGGAUCCGGAAGAGGGGGACCGUCAAAUAGCUGUCCUAGAAGCAGAGUCCGUCCUUCCCUUCCCCCUUUUUCUUCGCUCUCCCUCUCCUUCCGCUCCCGUUGCGUCCUCUUCCCAUCCCGCUCCUUCCGUCGAUGCCGCCUUGGUCUCAACAACCGCGGCUCUGAAUCGCAUGAGUGUGGACCUGACCGCUCCGAUCGCUCCGAUCGAAUCUCAAGGGAAGCGCGCUGCCGCUGUCGUCGGUCGGGUGAUUGCUCCUCUCAGUCCUGGAACGGGUCGCAUGUCGACUGUUUGGUCGCCCGUGGAGAGGAAUGGUGCUGGGAAGGUGAUGCACGAUCCCCCAGGUUUGAUGCCUGGAGAUGUACUCGCCGACUACGCCUGCCAAAGGUGCGCGACCGAGUUUACCACCGUGGCCUUUUGGUGCUACACGAGGUCCGGCCUAGUUUUGUGUACGAAGUGCUCCAGGGAGCAGAAAGGCUGUAGCUUCCAACCCGGGUGGGUGCCGAACAAGGGAAAGUCCAAGGGGAAAGGGAAGUCGAAAGCGAAGGUGGCCGAAAAGUCGGGGGAGCUGGAACCAUCGCGCCCGACCAAGAAGUGUGUGCGGGCUCGGAAGCCUGUCCAACGCCUUCCCACCACCACCACCCGUGCCAUUCCCUCCUCCUCCCGUUCCCGUUCUGUCGCCGUCCCCGCCCUGUCCGACUCGUCUCGUUUGUCGCCAAUCGUUGCGCAAGGCAUCGUGUCCGAUCUUUGGUACCGGAUCGCUGUGGCGGAGGGUACACGGGCUUCGUUGGUGCAGUCGAUCAAGAUGUGGCAGGCGGAGUUGGAGUUGCUCGAGGUACGGGCGGGUCCGUCUACGUCUUCGGACGUCGUCUUGGUCGAGGAUUCGUCGGCGGCGGAGGAUUCGGAUAUGUCUGUGUUGGGCGAUUUUGUACCCGAUGAGUAG